AUGAGACGUCCGAAAACAUUGACCAAGCAGGACAUUUUGCUGAUCCUCACAAUUGCUGGUGUCGUCGUGGGCGUAGUCGGAGGCGGGUUGCUUCGGUAUUUGGAUCCAAGUGAAGAAGUUAGGAAAUUCAUCGGAUUACCUGGAGAAUUGUUCAUGAACAUGUUGAAGGCAAUGAUUUUGCCACUUAUUGUGGCAAGCCUUAUUUCCGGUAGUUUUUGCUGCUUCAAUCUCAAGUGCAAUUCACAAUAA